AUGGGCCUGUGUAGUGCCGUGCUCGGACAGAAGAGUCAGCCCGUCGGGCGGCACGGCCCGGCCCGAUUAACAGAUCAGGCUCAAUCGGGUCGGGCUCGAUCGGGCCGGGCUCAAACGGGCUCGGGCCGGGCCGGGCCGGGCCGCCCAUUUGGACAUCUAUACCACCGCCUGACUGGCUUGGGCAGCGCCAUGUUCUACCGAAUGCUCGGCGUGGUUACAAUGGCGACGGGCGGCGAGACGCGGCGGGCGCGCAAGCAGAUCACCGUGCUGCAGGCGCUCGACGUGGCCAGGACGCAGGUGUACCACUUCACCACCAUCGUUAUCGCCGGGAUGGGCUUCUUCACCGACGCCUACGACCUCUUCUCCAUCUCCCUCAUCACCGACCUCCUCGGCCGCAUCUACUACGCUGACGGCAAGCUGCCGGAAGACGCCGCUGUUGCGGUAUGUAGCAUUGCGCUGGUGGGCACCGUGCUGGGGCAGGUUUUCUUCGGCUGGCUCGGCGACAGGAUGGGGCGCAAGCGCAUCUACGGCAUCACGCUGAAGCUCAUGGUGCUCUGCUCACUCGCCUCCGGCCUCUCCUUCAGCCGCAAGCCCAAGGACGCGAUCGCGACGCUGUGCUUCUUCCGCUUCUGGCUGGGCGUCGGCAUCGGCGGUGACUACCCGCUCUCCGCCACCAUCAUGUCGGAGUACGCGAACAAGAGGACGCGUGGUGCCUUCAUUGCCGCAGUCUUCGCCAUGCAGGGCCUAGGGAAUCUUGCUGCUGGAACUGUGGUGCUGGCCACCUGUGCUAGGUUCAAAGGCACCAGGGCCUACGAAACGGAUCCGUUUGGGCAGGCAGACUACGUGUGGCGCGUCGUCCUCAUGCUGGGCGCCGUUCCAGCCCUCCUCACGUACUACUGGCGCAUGAGGAUGCCGGAGACAGCGCGCUACACCGCGCUGGUCGCGAAAAACCUGAAGCAGGCGGCGUCCGACAUGACGUCCGUCCUCGAGGUCGAGAUCCCUUCAGAGGGAGAGGAGGUGGAGGCCCUUGCCAUACAAGACGAGUUUGGACUCUUCUCCACGGGAUUCGUUCGCCGCUACGGCCGUGAGCUGCUCAGCACCACCGUAUGCUGGUUAGUUCUCGACGUCGUCUUCUACUCCCUGAAUCUGUUCAUGAAAGACAUCUUCAGCGACAUCGGCUGGUUCGAAGACGCGAGCAGCAAGGGGCCAAUUGAGCAGACAUACGAUAUUGCUCGUACUCAGGUGAUCAUCGUGCUGGCUGGGACCCUCCCCGGGUACUUGUUCACCGUCGUCUUCGUCGACAAGCUCGGCCGCAUCAGGAUACAGAUAGUCGGGUUCACUUUGAUGACUAUACUCAUGCUUGGCCUGGCUGGGCCUUACAAGUUCUGGUGCAGCAGUAAGAGCACGCGGAUUGGCUUCGCCUUCAUGUACGCGUUGAUCUUCUUCUUCGCCAACUUCGGCCCGAACUCGACCACGUUCAUCCUCCCCGCGGAGAUAUUCCCGACGCGGCUGCGGUCGACGUGCCAUGGCAUAUCUGGCGCUGGAGGGAAGAUCGGUGCGAUCGUUGGCGUGCUCUGGUUCCUCCGCUGUCGAACCAGCAUUCAGAACUCGCUCCUCAUGCUCGCUGGUUGUAACCUCGUUGGAGUCAUAUUCACCCUAGCGUUACCGGAGUCUAAAGGCAUGUCGCUCGAGGACGUCACCGGUGAGAUUGGUCAACGGAACGAGGAACUUCCAUUGGAAUCGCCUCAAAUGGUCGAUGGAGCAGACUUCAUCCACAGUGUUGAUUUUUUAUAAGCAUGCAUUGACUCUCUGUAUGUAGAUAUCAGUGGUAUUGCUCGUCACCGCCACGUCGGAG